AUGGAUCAAGUUAAAGUGUACUCGUCAAAUGCUGAAGAUAUCCUCGAGAAAUUCUCGCAACCAUUGAAACCUCAUAUUCCGGCAAUUGCCCGUUUCCUUAUUGUAGUAACGUUCAUAGAGGACGCGUUUAGAAUUUUGUUUCAAUGGACUGAUCAAUUAUAUUACCUCGAAAAAAUCAGAAGCAUGCCGUGGGGCUUAUCACACAUAUUUUUAGCUCUUAACAUUGUCACGAUGUUUAUUUGUUCUUUUUUGGUGGUUAAAAGAAAAUUUCCUGAAUAUGCAGUUGGAGGACUCUUCAUAGUUGUUGUCGCUCAAUCUAUUGGUUACGGUCUUUGGAAUGAAGUUAAUUUCUUAUUAAGAGGUUUAUCAGUUAUUGGAGGAUUAUUGAUGGUCCUUUCUGAUGCAUUUUCCAAGAAGAAGUCGGGUUUUCCUGGUUUACCACAAAUAUCUGAAAGAGAUCGUAAAAUGUAUUUACAACUUGCGGGUCGCAUAUUAUUAAUUUUUCUAUUCAUAGGUUUCGUUUUUCAUGGAGAAUGGUCACUUGCUCGUUUUGCUAUAUCAAUUAUUGGAUUUAUCGCUUGUAUAAUGGUUGUGGUUGGGUUUAAAGCUAAAUGGUCUGCUACUUUCUUGGUCCUCUUCCUUUCUAUUUUUAAUAUAUUUAUCAAUAACUUUUGGUCUCUUCAUCAUGUAAAUCCUCAAAGAGAUUUUUUGAAAUAUGACUUCUUUCAAACCCUUAGCAUUGUGGGAGGUUUAUUGUUGUUGGUAAAUAUGGGUCCAGGUGGAAUUUCUAUUGAUGAGAAAAAGAAAGAAUAUUAA